AUGUGGGAGUUGGAGCCGGGGCUGGGGUCAGUGAAGCAUCAGUAUUUCUGAAACCCUGGAUUUAUCAUCGUCGACCGGAGAAAUAACCGGAAAGAAGGAUGCAGCGAUGGGGCGCCAAGCUUCGAUCAUUGGCCGCCGCUUUUCCCUCCGCUGGCCGGACGAUCCAAACCUCGUCCCCGUCUUCCCAUCGCCUCCUUCACUCUUCUCCGCAAUUUCUCCAUAAACCCUUGCCGUCCACCCUAAUUUCCUCCAACUUCAAGCCCCUUUUCAGUGGCUAUUCGGCUUCCCAGGGUUUGUUGUUGAGUCAGGCAGCUCACUCUGCUCAUCUUCUUCCUCCCUCUUUCAUUCAAGUACGGCACCUUACAAAGAAAGAGAAGAAGGAGAAGAUGAAGAAAUUCAAACCAAGGACGCCAGUCACUUCCAAGCUCAAGAAAUACAAAAUUAAAUGUUAUUCAUCUUUUAAGGGCAGAUUUAGGGUAAUGAAUGAUGGAAAGAUUAGGCGCUGGAAGGAGGGGAAGCGACAUAAUGCUCAUUUAAAGUCUAAGAAAGCAAAACGUAGACUUAGACAGCCUGGUAUCGUCCCAUUGGCUUAUGCAAAGGUGAUGAAGAAGCUCAACUUCUGCGGCUAAAGCACUGGAAGUCCUUUCUGACCGCUGAUCAUUUUGGCUUGAAAGAAGGAUGGUUGGAAAGCCUGAGCUUUUGCAUUGUUUUCACUUUUUGCUUUCUCUGUAUCUACUUUUAAAUAUGGAAAGCAUUGAAGUUCAUACUCUUGCAGCUAUAGGAAUGUAGUCAUCAAUUUUUUACUUACGUUCGUAAACUGAUGCAUGGUUAAUUCAUCUCAAGACUUUCAUUCGAUAGGAUACAUUUGAAGUAUAA